UUCAGAGAUUCACCAUGAAACAUCUUGUUUUUCUUCUGUUACUUUCUUCUGUGUGUUUCUUUGCUUUGAGUAAAGUAGUAGAUAAUUUUAAAGAAUGCGAGGAGUUCUUUUUGGACGACAAACCUCCUGUCUUCACACCACCAGCGGGCGUCUCAGUCAAGCCCAUCUGUCAAUGUCUUCAGGAUAACAAUGAUAAACAAAUUUAUCUUUAUGCAACUUUGUACAGCACGACCUGGAAGAUCCCUGUCUACUCUGCAUAUGUAUUUCGUAAAAGCAAAAGUAUCGGGAGAUGUGACACUUGGUACAUUGAACCUCAGCUGGAAGAUUCUAGGGAUUCUGGAGAUUCUGAGCAAUGUAUGGGUCCUCAAGGCAGUGCUGUCAAAACUAGCAGUAAUCAGGCUCUGAAUAGUGAUUAUAAGGAUUCCAACAAUUAUCACAAAGGUCACCUCUAUCCUGUGCUCCACACUGACAAUCAUCUGUCAAUGCUGGCCACAUCCACACUGACCAACGCGGCUCCGCAGGAUUCAGAUUUCAAUACGAAUGAAUGGCUGGAACAUGAGAGAGUUGUAAUUAACAACCUGCAAUCCUGUGAUAAGGCUUAUGUGGUGACUGGUGUAGUUCCUGACAUGCAAGCCCCUAAACUGAAUAAUAGAGUCUAUGUGUCAAAGUAUUACUGGAGAGCCACCUGCUGUCUGAAGAACAAUCAGUACACAGGGCAGGGCUACUAUGGACUGGACAACAACAACCAAGUGAAAAAAUUAACAAUAAAAGAUCUUCAGGACUUUCUUAAAAAUGUUUACCAAAUAACAUUUUUUCCAAGUGUACCAACGUCAAAUACAGAAGCAAAAAAACCCAGAAUUGAUAAAGCAUGCAACUAAAAAACUGCACCUAAUUCAGUUUCAUUGCGGCUAAUAUAGCAGACACCAAUGUUCCUCGUCUAAUGUUCAUGUUUAUCUACUCUCCUAUUCCCUCUGACUAAUUAUAUAUUUGAAAACUCAUGUGGGAUGUCGGUCUGUGUAUCUUUUGGUCAUUUGGUCAUUUAAUUUUCUACUUAAAAAUAAAUAAAAGAAAUGAGAAACGGUUUGAUUUUCGUUUUUUCGUUUGGUUUAACCCUCUGAGUUGCCAUAUGGCAACAAUUAAUUUCUACUCAUUUCCUUGUUAUUCUGGAAAACAAACAAACAAACAAACAAACAAAAAAAACUAUGAUAUAUUGCAUUAUGGGAAUUAAAAGUGUAGGCCUUAAGGUAGCCAAUGAUGUGCUGUUUUUAAGUCACAUGACAACUGAAUGUCCUCCCAAAACUCCUUUUCCCACUGUCACCCUCACACAGAAGACAUCUGUUGAAGUGCUCCAGAAAUUGCUCUAUUAACCUAAUUUCUAAACAUCUUUUCUCA